CCUCAUGGAUACUAGUCAGAUGUGUUUCUGCUGAGCCACAAUAGGAACUCCCAGAAAAUGGUUUUGAUUCCUAUUGCUCAAUUACUGCAAACUUGAUGGCUUCAAAACAACACUAAUGUAUUAUCACCUUACAGUUCUAGAAGUCAGAAGUCCAGAGUGGGUCUCACUGAGCUAAGUAAAGAUUUCAGCAGAGCUGUGUUCCUUCUAGAGGCUCCAGGGGAGAAUCUGUUUCUUGGCCUUUCCUGGGCUCUAGAGAUUGACUGUCUGCCUUGGCUCUAGACCCCUUCUGUCUUCAAGCUGGCAGUGGCAGGGUGAGUUUUUUCCAGUGCAUCACUCUGAAACUAAUUCCUCUCUCGCCCUCUUCACAGGUAGAGGAUCCUCGUGAUUACAUUGGCCCAUCUGAAUAAUCCAGGAUAAUAUCCUUAUUUUAAGGUUCUGAGAUCUGAAAGUUUAACCAUCAAGUUAGAUACUUUUAAAUCGGGCACCUUUUCCUUUCUGGGCCCCAGAGAACUUCCGCUGCCUGUGCACCCAUGAGAAGGGCUUUGGCUUCAAGGGUACCAGCUUCCACUGCAUCAUCCCCCAGUUCAUGUGCCAGGGCGGCGAUUUCACCAACCACAACGGCACUGGGGGCAAGUCCAUCUAUGGGAAGAAGUUUGAUGAUGAAAACUGUAUCCUCAAGCACACGGGACCAGGCCUGCUCUCCAUGGCCAACUCCGGCCCAAACACCAACGGCUCCCAGUUCUUCCUGACGUGUGACAAGACAGAUUGGCUGGAGGGCAAGCACGUCGUGUUCGGGGAGGUCACGGAAGGCCUGGACGUCUUGCGGCAGAUUGAGGCCCAGGGCAGCAAGGACGGGAAGCCCAAGCAGAAGGUGAUCAUCUCCGACUGUGGGGAGUACGCGUGAGGCGCCAGAGGGCUCCUGUUGGCGGCAGGCAGCAGGGCCUUGUGUCCUGGCCCUUCCUCUGGUCAUUGUGGAGCAGCUGGGGCCACUCCUAUGGCUGGGAUCCACUGCCUGCAGUGUACCUGGCAGGGGCCUCUCUGCUUAGUGUGAUGUCCCUCUCACUGGUAGCUAGCUGUGGCUGUCAGAGCAGGCAGCGGUGAGACCAGGACAGUGCCAGCCACUCGGCACUGGUGUGAUGUCCAGGAGAUAAGGGGAAUGUGUGUGAAGUACUCAGACUCAGGGUGGCUGGCACUGGAGGUGAUGUAGGGACAGGGAAUGGGCUGGCCUGAGGCCCCAGGAGGGAGGACUAGUCACAAGGGUGGCACGGGGGAACUGUCACUGUGCUUCCCUGAUUGCCCUGGGAUGGGGGUGUCAGAGAAGCUGGUCAGGGGCAACCACUGGGUGGUGAUUGCUUACCCUGUCCUGUGCAAGGGCUUCCCCAGAAACUACCCCAUGGUCAUUACUCAUGACCCUUGGACAGGAGGUGAUCUGAGCCGCAGAGCUGAGCUGCCUGGUCCUGGAGUUUUGGGCCGUGCACCCUGCAACCUGCCUUCCCGAGGCUGGGACAGCUGUGAUUAACGGGGUCAGGGUUGGGAGCCUCACACCCACCUCUGGGAAGGAAUAGUGAGCCCUGGUUUGUAAGUGACAAAAGGCAGAAGUCAAGGGAUGGAAUGCUACUGCAAAUUAUGUUCCCAAAGAAUAUUUAAUAACAGAAAUGCCCAAAAUAUGUCAUAAAUUGAAUACAUCACCAAGCAGUGCACAGAGUAUGAUCCUAACUUUAUAAAAUACCCAUAUAUAUAAAGGCAGAUGGAUACGUGCCAAGGAGAUAAGACUGGACGGAAUUACUCACAAUGGCUGUCUCUACAUGGUGGGAUUCUGUAUUUGUAUUCUGUUUUUUACUUUCAAGAGUGUCCCUGACACACCUGUAAAUUAGAAAAACUUUUUUGUAUUUUUCAAAGAGGGUCAAAUGCUUGGUCAGGGCUUCCCAGUAAGAAGGGAAACCCCAGGAAGUUUCCCCUGGAGCUUCCUGAAGCCGAGAUGGGUGCUGUGCUGGCAGGCAGGGCCCUGGGAGGGGCGGGUGCGGCGCUGCCAUGUCCUCGGCAGAGGCCCGGGUCCCUGCGGUGGGUCACUGCCAGCUGGAACUCCCUCCACAGGGAGGGGAGGGCACAAGUCUCCUCACCUCAGGACAUUACCAAGUUUUUAUUUUUUAGGAAAAGCACAGCUUCGAAGUAGAUACAGCAGCACCUCCAAGGGCACAUUCUGGGAAGAGUGGGUUUUACUAGGAGGGCACACAAGGGAGGCCCAAAAGUGCAAAUUCAUU